UCCCCUUUUCUUCGUUUCCUUAUAACGUUAUAACGCUCAAGUUAGCUGAAAGCUAACGAUAAAAAACGGAGGGCAGUGUUGUUAACAUUAGCCCUUAAAGGAGUACCUGUUUCCUGGCAGCCUGGUGCCUAGAGAGGGUGUGGUGGUGACCUCGGCAGCUCUGCUCAGCAGGCAGGUGAGGUGACCCGGCGUCCACGGAGUUCUGCAGCAUGUGAGGCGGGCCACGGGUAUGUGGCAGCACACGGCGGAGGAAGAGUCCCCCACCCUGCGGCCGCGCCGCAUCCAGAACCAGAAUGUGGUCCACCGGCUGGAGCAGCGGCGCAUCAGCUCGGGCCCAGCAGGGGCUCACUGGUACCGCGUGCGCUGUUUCCACCAGAACCUCUUCCCCAACUUCACAGUUGUAAAUGUGGAGAAGCCACCCUGCUUCCUACGGAAGUUCUCUCCUGAUGGGCGCUGGUUCAUCGCCUUUUCUUCUGACCAGACGUCACUGGAAAUAUAUGAGUACCAGGGGUGCCAGGCGGCCCAAGACCUGCUCCAGGGUCAGGAGGGCGAGACCCUCGCCAAUGGCAACGACCAGGCCUCACUGGGCAUCCGUGGGCGUCUCUUUGAGCGCUUCUUCUGCCUGAUGCACGUCACCAACGUGGCGUCCAACGGCGAGCACCUGAACCGUGAGUGCAGUCUGUUUACGGACGACUGCCGCUACGUCAUUGUGGGCUCGGCAGCCUACCUGCCCGAGGAGCCUCACCCGCACUUCUUCGAGGUGUACCGCAACAACGAGUCGGUGACGCCCAACCCACGCGUGCCCCUGGAGGACUACUCGCUCCACGUCAUCGACCUGCACACAGGCCGCCUCUGCGACACGCGCACCUUCAAGUGCGACAAGAUUAUCCUGUCCCACAACCAGGGUCUCUACCUGUACCGGAACAUACUGGCAGUCCUCUCUGUCCAGCAGCAGACUAUUCAUGUCUUCCAGGUAACUGGCGAAGGCACCUUCCUGGACGUGCGGACCAUCGGCCGCUUCUGCUACGAGGACGACCUGCUGACUCUGUCGGCCGUCUACUCGGAAGGCCCGUCAGCGGAGGGCCAGGGCCAGCCGGGCUUCUCGCGGCUCUACAAGGAGAAGAGCAUCAGCUCGCUGAAGCACAGGCUGCUGGUGUACCUGUGGCGGCGCGCCGAGCUGGACGGCAGCGCACUGGCCAAGCGGCGCUUCUUCCAGUACUUCGACCAGCUGCGGCAGCUGCGCAUGUGGAAGAUGCAGCUGCUGGACGAGCAGCACCUCUUCAUCAAGUACACCAGCGAGGACGUGGUCACCAUGCGCGUCAGCGAUCCGACCCAGCCCUCCUUCUUUGUGGUCUACAACAUGGUUUCCACGGAGGUGCUGGCGGUGUUUGAGAACACGUCAGACCAGCUGCUGGAGCUCUUUGAGAACUUCUGCGACCUGUUCCGCAAUGCCACACUGCACAGUGAGGCUGUCCAGUUCCCCUGCUCAGCCUCCAGCAACAACUAUGCCCGCCAGGUGCAGCGCAGGUUUAAAGACACCAUAGUGAACGCUAAGUAUGGUGGUCACAUGGAGGCUGUGCGGCGUCUGCUGGGCCAGCUGCCUAUCAGUGCCCAGUCCUACAGCAGCAGCCCCUACCUGGACCUCUCUCUCUUCAGCUACGACGACAAGUGGGUGUCCGUCAUGGAGCGUCCCAAAACCUGUGGCGACCACCCCAUCAGGUUCUAUGCGCGUGAUUCUGGCCUGCUGAAGUUUAAGAUCCAGGCGGGUCUGCUGGGCCGACCGGUCAGCCAUGCAGUCCGCAGACUAGUGGCCUUCACCUUUCACCCCUUUGAGCCCUUUGCUAUUUCAGUCCAACGAACCAAUGCCGAGUAUGUGGUCAAUUUCCAUAUGCGCCACGUGUGUACAUGACACACACACACACACACACACACAGAGAAACUUAAGCUCAAACUCUAAAGACAAGCAGACAAGCUACUGUGGGCAGUACAUGCACAUACAGACACAAGUCUCUUUUAUCUUUGUCACGUGCAUACGUAUGCAGUGCAGUGAGACACAAACUCAGUCACACAUACACACGCCCUCAUUGCCUUCGAUAUGCUGGACUUUGCUUAUGGACUUGGGAGGAAGACUCAUUUGUAGCCGUUGUGAAGACUUAUUUUAUUUGUAUGUUUGGGACCAGUAAUGUGUGUGUGUGAGAGAGUGAGAGAGUGAGAGAGAGCAUGUCUUAUGUUGAAAUUUAAGUUUUCAGAUCUUAUUUUGUUACACAUUUUGUUACUGUUUUACCCUAACACACCAAAGCAGAACUUCCAUGUGUAUUUAAAAAAAUGGUAAAAAUGAAUAAAGGUUUUCAUGCUUUUUAUAUA